AUGUGGGAAGAGCUUCACUCGAAGUACAGUCUCACUUCCCAUCAAAGAAUUCAUACAGAGGAGAAACCCUAUCAAUGCCUUGAAUGUGGGAAGAGCUUCAGUCGAAAGUACAGUCUCACUUACCAUCAAAGAAGUCAUACAGGGCAGAAACCCUUUCAGUGCUUGGAAUGUGGAAAGAGCUUCAUUCACAGACAACAUCUCACUUCCCAUCAAAUAAUUCAUACCGGGGAGAAACCCUACCAGUGCUUCGAAUGUGGAAAGAGAUUCAGUCAUAUGUCACAUCUCACUUCCCAUCAAAACCUUCAUACUGGGGAGAAACCCUAUCAAUGCCUGGAAUGUGGAAAGAGCUUCCGUCACAGGCAGAGUCUCACUUCCCAUCAAAACCUUCAUACCGGGGAGAAACCCUAUCAGUGCCUCAAAUGUGGGAAGAGCUUCAGUCACAGGCACAGUCUCACUUCCCAUCACAGAAUUCAUACCGGGGAGAAACCCUAUCAAUGCCUGGAAUGUGGAAAGAGCUUCAGUCACAGGCAGAGUCUCACUUCCCAUCAAAGAAGUCAUACAGGGCAGAAACCCUUUCACUGCUUGGAAUGUGGAAAGAGCUUUAGUCGAAAGGACAGUCUCACUUCCCAUCAAAGAAUUCAUACCGGGAAGAAACCCUAUCAGUGCCUGGAAUGUGGAAAGAGCUUCAGUCACAGGCAGAGUCUCACUUCCCAUCAAAUAAUUCAUACCGGGGAGAAACCCUAUCAGUGCUUCGAAUGUGGGAAGCGCUUCAGUCACAGCCGCAGUCUCGCUUUGCAUCAAAGAAUUCAUACAGGGCAUAAACCCUAUCGGUGCUUGGAAUGCGGAAAGAGCUUCAGUCAGCGCAUCCAUCUCACUUCCCAUCACAGAAUUCAUACCGGGGAGAAAUCCUAUCAGUGCUUGAAAUGUGGAAAGAGCUUCAGUCGAAAGGACAAUCUCACUUCCCAUCACAGAAUUCAUACGGGGGAGAAAUCCUAUCAGUGCUUGAAAUGUGGAAAGAGCUUCAGUCGAAAGGACAAUCUCACUUCCCAUCACAGAAUUCAUACGGGGAGAAAUCCUAUCAGUGCUUGA